AUGACUGAGCGCAAAAUCCCUUCACUCAAAACCCUCCAAUGGCUUGCCAUCUCACUAAGAGUGAAUGCCAACAUUCUUGCGAUUGCCUUUGAGGCUCCACUGGCCAGGCACAUAGUUGUUACUCAAAAGCUAACUAGUCGUUGGAGGCUUGGAAGAAGGCGUCCACCCAGGCAGUGGUGUAAAGGCUGGAGGAAACACCCGAACGUGUGGAAUCCCAAUGCCGGACAUCAAGGGCCAUGUUCACACCCGCCUAAUGUCGGGUACCCUGGAGGUUGCAAUCCUGCCCAUCUACCACCGGCCAACCCUGUCUGUCCUCCAGGCCCCUUUCCGACUCCCCCAGGAGCACCCCAGGGGAAUCCAGCCUUUCCCCCUUGUGGGCCCUGUUAUCUUGUGCCACAACCAGGGUAUCCAGGAUGCCAACCCUCAGGUCCCUACCCCCCUCCAUACCCACUACCUGCCCCUGGCAUGCGUCCUGUAAAUCCAUUGACUCCUGGCAUGGUAGGAUCAGGAAUAGUGAUUGACAAGAAGAUGCAGAAGAAAAUGAAGAAAGCUCAUAAAAAGAAGCAGAAACACCACAAGCAUGGCAAGCAUUCCUCCUCCUCCUCCUCCUCCUCUUCCAGCAGUGACUCUGAUUGAAUACAGGGCCUGGACCCUUCUCUCAAGUCUCUCCAGUUCUGCUCUCCCAUCAAGCUUCAGAUGCCAUCUUGUACUGGGGGAAAUUAGCCCCCGUGUCCCUCUCCCGCCGCCACCCCUGCAAUCUAAGCCUCACUCUGCUGUUAAACCCUAACUGGCUAGGGAAAAUGAGAAAAGAAUUGCCAUCAGCUAACAAAGGCCAUCUUUUCACUGCUUGGAUAGAACUUUUAGCUGAUGGGUUUUGCAGGAGAACUAUUUUUUGAAGAUGGAGAUUUGAACUAAAUGCUGAAGACA